GUGUAAGUGUGUAAGUGUGUGCGUGUGUGUGUGUGUGUGUGUGUGCGCGCGCGUGUAAGUGAGAUAAGAGCAAGACGCACAGCAGACAGAACAGCAGCAUCAGCAGUCGCCACAUUCUUGGGCCGCAGUCUGAGUCGGAGUCUCGGGUCUAAUAAUAGCACACUGGUAGCUAAAAAUACAUACAAUCCAUAUCAUCCAGACAAUUCCGAUGCCGUUGCCCAGCAGGCGCAGCCGCAGCACCACAAACACUGGCAAACAAAUCAACUAACUAAACAGCACUACGAGAGAAUGAAACGACAGCAAAAAAGAAAGUUCCUUAAGCAAGUGAUAAGUUACAAACUGCAAGAAACACGAUUAACCAGUUGAAAUCGGAGCAGUUGCGUCCCCAAAUAGCCAAACGGAAUCCAUAUUCAACCAGCACUCAACAAGUUUAGUAUGCAAACAUGAUUUACUCACCACCAAGCUCAAGUCUGCUGCCCCUGCUGGCGACAGUUGUGUGUGUGGCAUUUGGUCUCUCAUUGGUGGCUGGGGCACCCAUCAGCAUCACGCCUGAGGAUGUGGAAGUUAAGCAUCGCUGCAGCAAAGAACUGGCCGAAACCAUCAACUUUAUCUGUCAAGGUCGCACAGUCUCGCUGGGUCAGCUCUAUCCCCAUAGCUUUGGCAAUCGUAAUAAGCGUUUCAGUCCCGACGAGAUCUUCUAUCGGCCAUUGCAGAAUGGCCCCAUCCACGAGUGUUGUCUGCGUCCCUGCGGCUAUACCGAGAUGUAUCAAUAUUGUGCGCCACUAGGGUAAUAGGAUAUAUAUAUAUAUAUAUAUACAUAUAUAUAUAUAUACGCACACACAUACACACACAUAUAUAUAGGCAUUUUAGCAUCGCCAAUCCAACACAAGACAACAACAUAAUCAUACGUCUAACGGCUUUUAUUGGAAUACACCAAGCCGCAUUACACUACACUACACAGCACUAGACUAUACUACACUACACAACACUACACCAUACCACACCAUACCACACCACACCAAACCACGCCCAUAGUCUAAGUAUAUAUUGUACUAAUUUAAGCUAUGCACUAAUAAAAAUUUAUACAAUUAAGAAAA